AUGUUGUUACGAAAUUUUUGGUUCCUUGUGAUUUUUGCGUUCAUCGCGCUACCGCAGAUUCAAUGUGCAGUUCUCGCCUACGAAGUUGAUCGUAAUAAUAAUAGUUUGAGUGAAUUAGUAGAACGACCAACAGGAUGGCUGCAGGCAGCUCAGGAUAUGAUCGCCAGUCCGACGGGGCAUAUAAUGACGCAAGUUGCCAAAGAGUUUAUCAAUCGAUCCACGGGCAAUAGUCAAGUGCUCAGUCUCAACCUUACUAAUUUACUUAUAAUCAUUUUGCUAAAAAUACUAAUAUUUGCCGCUGGCAUGUUAGGCGCUGGCCAUUGGGGUGCUCAUGGAUAUGGUUAUGGACGUUCGAGAAGUUCAGAAGAAAACAUCAAUUUUGGCUUAAGUGAUGGUGAGGAUUAUCUCAUCACUGGAUUUCUAGCUGCUCAAGGAAUAGGACUGGACGAUUGUCUAUAUGCAGCGGCGUGCGCCAGCCCCAAUGUAGCUUAUGAAUAUGCAAAAGCGGCGAAGGCUCUAAUUGACGGCAUCGAAAAGUAUGAGGGCAAUGCUUUUAAUAAUCCUCGUUACAACGAUCUGAUAAUGCUGCUCGAGAAGGCAUCCUACGAUGGUUUUCGCGGUUCAUCCUGCAACCGAUCAUUGAAAUGCGAUAGUCUCGUGUGAGAAAAUGUCCAUAACAACACGCAAUUACCUACCAAUCAGAAUGACAUAAAAUACAUACACUACAUCAAUUAAUUUUAAAAUUAUUUUAUUAUUAUCGUAUUGUAGUCGAUAGUAAAUUACAUAGUAAUAAAUGAGCAAUUUUUUUGAUUUGUUAAUUUUACUAUUAUGUUAUUAUGCUAGCAUUGUUCAAAAAAAUUAUCGCGUGGUAGUUAUUUACAGUCUUAAUAAGUUGCUUUGCUUCGUUAUUACAAAAAAGGUAAUAUUAUAACUAUAUUAUACACGCAUACACAGGUAUGUAUGUAUGUAUAUAUGUAUGCAUAUGCGAAUGUAUUUAAAAAACUC